AUUAAAUUGUUCAUCGAUUGUUGAUUGAUUGGAUCAAUUUGAAGAGAGCAUGUAAAUAUAUUUAAGGUCUCGUAGGUCAAUGGUCAUCUUUUUAAUGUCAAAGUUUUCUUUAUGAUGGAUUAUGUUUAUGUAAAUGUCCUGUUUAUGGUAAUUGUGAUUUAUUGAAGGUGGACAAUAAUCAAUACAUGGUGGGUGUUUUAACUUUGGAUAAACAGGGAAAUGAUGAUUCCAAUUUCAACUAAGUCAUGAGAUUCAACUCCACCCUUGAAUUUACUUUGAACAUCAAUAGAUGGCGAGAAAAUUUCAUGAUGUUUUCCACCGAGAGUGAGAGGAAGAUGAGAGGAUGAUUCAAGUUCUGGUCCUCGAUGGAAGUAAUCAUUUACUAUCAAUGGGAUAUUAUCAACAUCAGAACUUGGGAAGAUUUUGAUUCAUGGGUGAGAAAUUCAUUCAACUUUGAACCACUUGGAAUCGAAAUCGCUUCGAGGUAUUUUCAUGGGAUCAUUAGCAAGAAUCAAAGGACAAAAGUUAAUCACUUCUUCGUUUGUCUGAUUGGUUCGAGUUUUGAGUUGAACAAUUUCGUCCAAUUAUGGGCAACAAAGUGGUCACAUUUACUGAUGAGCAAUUGGAAAACUAUCAAAAUCUUUAAACGGUAUCGAGAAUUAGAUCCAAAAGUUGUUCCUCAGGUUAUGACUGGAGAUGAAGCUCAAACAAUUACUUUGCCUAUGGCGAAAUUUGAGAAAAUGUCAGAAUUGAAGGAAAAUCCUUUUCGAAAUCGAAUAUGUAAAGUUUUUUCUCACGAUGGUUCAGGUAAUAUGACGUUCGAUGAUUUUCUCGAUAUGCUUUCGGUUUUCAGCGAAAGUGCUCCAAGAGAUGUAAAAGUCUAUUAUGCAUUCAAAAUCUAUGAUUACGAUGAUGAUCAUUUCAUCUCAGGUAAAGACAUUGAACAAACAGCAAUCGCUUUAACCAAGAAUCAAUUAGGACCUGAGGAGAUUUCGGUGGUUCGAGAAAAAGUUCUGGAAGAAACUGAUAACGAUCAAGAUGAUAAAAUAUCUUUCGCUGAAUUUCAACAUGUUAUUUCUCGAGCUCCUGAUUUUCUCAGUACAUUUCAUGUUAGAAUCUGAAACAACUUUAAUAAUCAAUCUAAUGGACUCAAACGGAAACAAAUAAAUUCAUUAAUUGAAACAUU